AGCUGUUAAUUCUCCUUUUUGAACACUAUGAAUAACCACGGGUCUUCAAAACCGUCUUCCAUGAAGCUGAAGCACACCAUCAACCCCAUUCUUUUGUAUUUCAUACAGUUCAUAAUAUCACUUUAUACUAUUUUAACAUACAUUCCAUAUUAUUUUUUGUCUGAGUCAAGACAAGAAAAAUCAAACCGAACUAAAGCAAAGCCUGUAAAUUCAACACCUGACUCUGCAUACAGAUCUGUUAACAGUUUGGAUGGUUUGGCCUCCGUAUUAUACCCUGGAUGUGAUACACUCGAUAAAGUUUUCAUGCAUGCAAAAAACAAAUUCAAGGACAAAAGACUCUUGGGAACACGUGAAAUCCUAAAUGAGGAAGAUGAAGUGCAACCGAAUGGAAAAGUUUUUAAAAAGGUUAUUCUUGGAAGCUAUAAUUGGCUUUCCUACGAAGAUGUCUUUGUGAGAGCCUUUAAUUUUGGGAAUGGCUUACAGAUGCUGGGUCAGAAGCCGAAGACCAACAUUGCCAUCUUCUGUGAAACCAGGGCUGAGUGGAUGGUCGCUGCACAGGCCUGCUUCAUGUAUAAUUUUCAGCUUGUUACGCUGUAUGCUACUCUAGGCGGUCCAGCAAUUGUUCAUGGAUUAAAUGAAACAGAGGUGACCAACAUCAUUACUAGUAAAGAACUCUUGCAGACAAAGUUGAAGGACAUCGUUUCUCUGGUCCCUCGCCUGCGGCACAUCAUCACUGUAGAUGGAAAGCCGCCGACCUGGUCUGAGUUCCCUAAGGGCGUCAUCGUGCAUACCAUGGCCGCCGUGCAGGCUCUGGGAGCCAAGGCCAGUGUGGAAAACAAACCCCUCAGCAAACCAGCGCCCUCAGAUAUUGCAGUGAUCAUGUACACAAGCGGAUCCACAGGAAUCCCCAAGGGGGUCAUGAUCUCUCAUAGCAACAUCAUUGCUGGGAUCACUGGGAUGGCAGAGAGGAUUCCGGAACUUGGGGAGAAAGAUGUUUACAUUGGAUAUUUGCCUCUGGCCCACGUCUUAGAAUUAAGUGCUGAGCUUGUCUGUCUCUCCCAUGGAUGCCGCAUCGGCUACUCUUCACCGCAGACUUUAGCAGAUCAGUCUUCAAAAAUAAAAAAAGGAAGCAAAGGAGAUACAUCCAUGUUGAAACCAACACUGAUGGCAGCUGUCCCGGAAAUCAUGGAUCGAAUCUACAAAAAUGUCAUGAAUAAAGUGAAUGAAAUGAGCAGUUUUCAACGCAAUCUGUUUAUUCUGGCCUAUAAUUACAAAAUGGAACAGAUUUCAAAAGGGCACAGUACUCCGCUGUGUGAUAGCUUUAUUUUCCGGAAAGUUCGAGGCUUGCUAGGUGGAAAUAUUCGACUUCUGUUGUGUGGAGGUGCUCCACUUUCUGCAACCACACAGCGAUUCAUGAACAUCUGUUUUUGCUGUCCUGUUGGUCAGGGGUAUGGACUCACUGAAUCUUGUGGGGCUGGAACAAUUACAGAAGUGUGGGACUACAAUACUGGCAGAGUGGGAGCACCAUUAGUUUGCUGUGAAAUCAAAUUAAAGAACUGGGAGGAAGGUGGAUACUUCAAUACCGAUAAACCACAUCCCAGGGGUGAGAUUCUUAUUGGUGGCCAAAAUGUGACAAUGGGGUACUACAAAAACGAAGCAAAAACAAAAGCUGAUUUUUUUGAAGAUGAAAAUGGACAGAGGUGGCUCUGUACUGGAGACGUUGGAGAGUUUGACCCUGAUGGUUGUUUGAAGAUCAUUGAUCGUAAGAAGGACCUUGUAAAACUACAGGCAGGAGAAUAUGUUUCUCUUGGGAAGGUGGAGGCUGCUUUGAAGAAUCUCCCACUAAUAGACAACAUUUGUGCAUAUGCAAACAGUUAUCAUUCCUACGUCAUUGGAUUUGUUGUGCCAAAUCAAAAGGAACUAACAGAAUUAGCACGAAAGAAAGGACUUAAUGGGACUUGGGAGGAGCUGUGUAACAGUAGUGAAAUGGAAAACGAGGUACUUAAAGUGCUUUCUGAAGCUGCUAUUUCAGCAAGUCUGGAAAAGUUUGAAAUUCCAGUAAAAAUUCGUUUGAGCCCUGAACCGUGGACCCCUGAAACUGGUCUGGUGACAGAUGCCUUCAAGCUGAAACGCAAAGAGCUUAAAACACAUUACCAGGCGGACAUUGAGAGAAUGUAUGGAAGAAAAUAGUUAUUCUCUUUCAGCAUCAGUUUGCUGCAGGGAGCUCAGAUCAAAUAGGAAAAUACUUGAAAUGCAUGUCUCAAACUGUGAGGCAGAGUCCAUUCCUCAUAUUAAACCUAAACUGUUAUUUCUCAUGACAUCACCAUUUUUAACUGACAGGAUUAGUAAAAUAUUAAGACAGCAAACUUGUGUCUGUCUCUUCUUUCUUCCCCUCCUCCAGUUUACUUUACCACCUAGGACUGCACUUGUCAGCAUGAGGACUUUUAUGAAUCAUAUUGGGGAGCAGUGAUUUUAAAACCUCAAGUUUUUAAACAUGAUUUAUAUGUUCUGUAUAAUGUUCAGUUUGUAACUUUUUAAAGUUUGGAUGUAUAGAGGACUAAAUAGGAAAUAUAAGAAUUGGUUAUUUGGGGGGCUUUUUUACUUACAGUAUUUAAAA